CUCUGUAGGCAAUAGGCUCUGUUAGUACUUUCGACGAACCACAUGAGCAGAUCACGUAUCUAAAGGGACAGAUAGGAUCGAGAGAUCGAGAUCAACAAUCUAACCCUACCAAAAUGCCAAAACCUGUAAAGAUCACGAAGCCCGCUGCUCAAACAGCUCCUGCUGCUACGCAAAAGGAACAACCCAUCAGAUGGCCGCAACUCCGGCCUAAGAAGGGCCUUACACUCGAGUCUAUCCUUGACGACCAGAUAUACAUCAUUGACAACCUGUUUAGCAAGGAAGAAUGUGAAGCUUUCGUCAGGCUUGGCAAGACGCUCAAGUUGGAGGACCCAAAACCUCCGGGAAAAGAUGAAGCAACGAGGACGAAUUUCCGUUUCCAGACGUACGACACCACCCUCUCCACCACCCUUCAAACCCUCCUCACACCUUACAUAUCGGGACCAUCUUCCCCCUUCUCACACCCAACCCCACCUAAAUCUCUCUACCCGAAAAUCAGGAUGUAUCAUUACCCCCCAUCCACAUUUUUCGGGCCGCAUUUCGACGAGAGCACCAAGGACCCGGUCACGGGCUUACGAUCACGUUGGACGCUCUUGAUCUACCUUACCGGCGCAAUUAGUGACAACGACGACGAUAACGAUGAUGGCAGUAGUCAUGUGGACGGCGGCUCGACGAUAUUCUGGACCAAAGAACCUAAUCGCAAAGGAAAAGGCGGAGAAUCCUUGAGCGUGCAAUUGAGAGCCGGACGGGCGGUCUUGCAUAAACACGGGGAUGAUUGUCUCUUACACGAAGGAGAGGUCGUGAGGAGUGGGGACAAGUGGAUCUUGAGGUCGGAUUUGAUGUAUUGAUCGAGAGAUACAGUGUG